AUGGAGGAGACCUCAACCUUCCAGCUCCCCUGGGCCCACCCCAUCUUUCCAUAUGUGAACAGCACCUUCAGGAAUCCCUACCAGCACGGAGAAGAGAAUGGAGCCCAGCGUGAAUGGGUAGGAGUUCUCUUUGCCAUCCUCUUCGGUCUGGGAUUCCUACUCGGAGUAAUGGGCAAUGGCCUGGUUAUCUUCAUUGCCAGCUUCCGGAUGACGAAGACGGUGGUCUCUAUCUUGUACCUCAACCUGGCCGUGGCCGACUUCAUCUUCACCUCCUUCCUCUCCAUUGAGGUGGCCUAUGCAGCGCUGAACUUCCACUGGCCCUUUGGCCAGACACUGUGUAAGAUCCACAGUGCAGUGUCCUUUCUCAACCUUUUCGCCAGCGUCUUCCUCCUCACCGUCAUCAGCAUCGACCGCUGCAUCUCUGUGGCCUGGCCGGUCUGGGCCCAGAACCACCGCUCCCCCCGGCUGGCUUUCUGGGUGGCUGUGGCUGUUUGGCUUGCAGCUCUGGCUCUCAGUGCACCAUAUAUCAUUUUCCGGGACAUUAGGAGCUUCCCGCUUGAAGGGGACAACACCAUCUGCUACAACAACUACAUCCCAAUGGGAAACUUCACUAGUGAGGAGGUGGCCAUGUUGUGGAAGCAUCGACACCAGGCCAUGGUGCUCACCUGCUUUGUUGCUGGGUUCUUGGUGCCGUUUGCCAUCAUCCUGACCUGCUACGGCGUCAUGGUGGCCAAACUGAUGAGGAACCAUCUGGUGCACUCUGGCAGGCCCUACAAGAUCAUGGUGGCCGUGGUGACGGCCUUCUUCCUCUGCUGGUUCCCCUACCACCUCUCUACCCUAUUGGCCAUGUCAGCCAAAGGGGUGAAUCCAGCAAUACAGGUGCUCCUUGAUGUCGCGCUUCCCUUGGCCUACCUGAACAGCUGCCUCAACCCUGCCCUGUAUGCCUUCAUGGGCUGGAGCUGCAAGGACACGCUGUGGUGCUCCGUGGUCUUGGCCUUCCAGAGGGCCUUCAGUGAGGCUGAGAACCAGGUCACCCUCCCCAGAAAGAGCCAGGACAGCAGUAGAUCAGAGGUGGAAUUGCCCCCCUUAUGA